UCCGAUGCAUAGCACUUGCAAAAGAAGGUUAAGCAAUGACUGCACCAGUGUUGAGAGCAACCACACUCACACACUCCUCUUAAAAACCUGCUUCUGUAUUUGACAGAUGUUCGGAGAAAGAAUGGCGAACUGAAUGUGGCUUACAGGACGAUCUCUGAGCUCCCGUAAGAUCAGCAGAUAUCAGGAAUACAUCACUCAUCCUGCGCACAGCUUCUUAAUUUUUUUUUUUUUUUUUUUACAGGACAUAAGAAAUAUGUUUGCAUCCCUCGCUAGGUUUUCUUCCUAGCUGUGCACCUUACCGAACAUCCGAUGGUGCGCUUUUGCGCAAAUCUCUCCAAACUUUCCAAUCAAGUGGAGGAUAUUGUAAUGUGAAGGAUAUCGCUGAUACGCAUACGCACGCUCUGGGAAUGAUCUUUUUGGACGUUCUCGUAUAAGUAAACCUCAAUGUUUGUCCCUUACGCUGGGAAGAGCUCUUAGAAUUUCUCCGUUGUUCACUUGGACAUGUUGCGCAGCGGCGCAACUGCGGGAUUGAAAUAACGCUGCUGUUGCUGGAGUUUUCCGAACCUCGCCAACAUCUCGGGCACCGCAGCUUUGGGCAGGUGCUUCUUUCUGAGUGUGUUUGAAGACGGUGCCAUGCGGAGUCUGGAAUCGCACAUCGAAGGGCUGUAAAACCUGCAAAAAAAAACCCCGCGACAUUUACGCAGAGAUGGGAUCCCUGGUCAGAUCCCGCUGGCUGAUGAUCCCCCUGCUCGUGCAGGCCUGGCUAUUGGCUUCCCAAGGCAGAGUCCGAGAGAAACCAUGUCCCCGAAGCUGCCGCUGCGAUGGCAAAAUAGUGUAUUGCGAGUCAAAUGCCUUCCGUGAUGUGCCAAAGAAUGUUUCCGUGGGAUGCCAGGGCCUCUCUCUGCGUUACAACAGCUUGGUGAACCUCAGGGCUGGUCAGUUUUCCAGCCUCAGCCAGUUGGUCUGGCUGUACCUAGACCACAACUACAUCAAUGCAGUGGACAAACAAGCCUUUCAGGGUGUUCGAAGACUGAAGGAGUUGAUUCUCAGCUCCAACAAGAUCACACAUUUGGAAAACAACACGUUCCAUUCGAUCCCCAAUUUACGCAAUCUGGACCUCUCUUACAAUAAACUCCAAGUCCUGCAGCCGAAUCAGUUCCAAGGCUUGCGCAAACUUUUGAGUCUCCACGUCAGAUCGAAUUCCCUAAAGACGGUUCCCAUGCGAGUGUUUCAGGAUUGUCGAAACCUAGAGUUCCUUGAUUUGGGCUACAAUAGACUGCGAAGUCUCACCCGUAAUGCAUUUGCGGGACUUCUCAAGCUGACUGAGUUACACUUGGAGCACAACCAAUUCUCAAAGAUCAAUUUUUCUCAUUUCCCAAGGCUGAACAACCUCCGUGCUUUGUAUCUGCAGUGGAAUCGGAUAAAGUCAAUAACCCAGGGAAUUACAUGGACAUGGACCUCUUUGCAAAAGCUGGAUCUCUCUGGGAAUGACCUGCAAGUGUUGGAUUCAAGCAUCUUCCAGUGUCUCCCUAACUUGCAGACUCUUAAUCUGGACUCCAAUAAGCUAAGCAACGUGUCUCAAGAGGCCAUAUCAGCUUGGAUUUCUCUUACUACCAUCAGCCUUGCAGGAAACAUUUGGGAAUGCAGCCCCAGCUUAUGCCCCCUUGUAGGCUGGCUAAGAAACUUCAAGGGGAACAAGGAGACCACAAUGAUUUGUGCUGGACCAAAGGAGGUUCAGGGUGAGAAAGUCAUCGAGGCUGUUGACACACAUGGCAUCUGUAAGACAACCCCCACCACUUACCUACCGAUCUCCUCCACUGUAAGCUCCCCAUCCAAACCUGGACGUUUCCCCCUGCCCACCAUGUUCAGGGUGAAUGAGAAAAUAACUCGCAAAAACCCUGUUGCGCCUUCCCCGACAGCUGCUUCCCCACCCAUCCCUGAGCAGGACUUUGAGCAUGUUUCCUUCCACAAGAUAAUAGCCGGCAGUGUUGCCCUCUUUUUAUCCGUGGCCAUGAUCUUGCUAGUGAUCUACGUCUCCUGGAAGCGUUAUCCCAGCAGCAUGAAGCAACUGCAGCAGCAUUCCAUGGUGAGAAAACGCCGGAAAAAGGCACGGGAGACAGAGCGCACCCUCAGCUCCCCACUUCAGGAAUAUUAUGUGGACUACAAACCCACAAACUCUGAGACCAUGGACGUACUGGUCAAUGGGACAGGACCCUGUACCUACACCAUCUCCGGCUCCCGAGAAUGUGAGGCCCCUCAACAGAUGGGCACAUUGGCGUUCUACAGGUAUGAGCAGCCCAUCGUGGACUACUGCCAGGCUCACCAGCCCCUGCACAUGAACAGGGGAUUUGAGCCCCCGCCCCAGGCCCUGGAGGGGCUGGGGGCACGAGAACGCUGCGCCGUCCCGUCCGCCGGCCUCCUUCCUUCCGUGCCUGCAGCCCCUCAGUCAGACAUCCGCACCCUCCCGCAGUGAGCCGGAGAUGGACUCGUCCCUGUCGCCUGGAUGUCCCCGGAGGGCCUACGCUCUACCCUCAACAUGAACCCACCACGAGACUGAUGUAGAGAUAUAUGGGCCAGUGUGAUGGACUACAGACUCUCAGGAGAGGACAGGAUCGACUCUGUCUUUGUCGCGAAGUGGGUUAAAACACACUCUGGUUUGUCAUUCGCAAGGAUCAUCAUUGUACUGUACGAUCGAUGUGUUUGGAACAAUCUAACAGGAUGUUUUUUUUAGGGGGGUGGGCGAGCAUUUUAUCCUGAUGCUUUUUGUGAGCUCUGCCCUCUA